AUGAUAAUGGACGAGCUUCCAGACAUUGUCUCUGCCCAAAGAAAUAGCAUCCGUGGCAAUUUUGGCUACGUUGAUAUUUCCACCACUACUCCUCCCAACAAUAACAAUAACAAUAAUAAUAAUAAUGAUAAUCUGCAAUCAGAUAUCAUGUCGAGUCCCAAAGAUUUGUUCAAUUCUGCCGAGCUGCUCUGGAAAAUGUACCAUUCGGCAAAAGCGUCACUUCCGUACAAAGAACGGAUUGAAAACAUGAGUUGGCGGAUGAUGGGGAUCAAUUUGAAACAGUUGAAGUUAAAAAACCAGGAGAAGAAAAAGAAGAAGAAGAAGCUGGUGGUUAUUGAUGAAGAUGUUUGUAUGUGGGAAACCGAAACCAUGCCUAAACCUCCACAGAAUGUCGAUGACAACAACAACAACAAUAAUAAUAAUAAUAAUCAUAAUCAUAAUGAUCUACUAACGGGGCAAACUAGUAGUCUCAAACAAGACUUAUUAUUUAGCUCAUUCAUUAAGACCCCGGUACUAAAUAGUCUUGAUGCGGUGGACAACAUCGAAACUUUUGAUUACGUUUCGAAUCUCAAAAAAAUGACCAAUAACGAAUCGAAUAAGUUUGCCAAUAUGAUGAAAUUCAACCGCUUAAAGAGCCCCGAUACUUUCAUGUUGAGUCAAGCUGAUGAUGAAUAUUCCAAGAAUAUCCCUGAUGAUAUCCCAGCCAGAACCAUCGACACCGAGGAUUUUUUCAACAAGGGUCAAAAUAUCAAAAAGCCUAACAAUACUCAUAAUCAUAACGAUAAUUUCGAUCAAGGAUACACUUUUACCCUCGAUCCAUUAGCGGUGGAAGCCCCAUCGGGGCAUCCGAUGUUUAACGGUAACUCUAAUUUCUCGCUCCCUGCCACCAACAGAAUCAAUAAUGAUAAUCAUUUUACCGGCAUUGCAGGUUCGAUAUUCGCCCCACCACCGUCCAAUGGUAUUACUUCAAUGGGGUUCCAGCCGUCGUCACUUCCAACCCAACGGAAACUCAUCUCGAAUCCUACUACUGAGCCAUUUAAUGGUAUGACCCAUAACAAUAAUAAUAACAUCAUCAACAACAACAACAAACCACCACAACCACCAAGUUCGAUCCUCCAGAACUUGAAUUGGAUGACCGAUGAUCUGAUGAUGUUCAGCAAUAGUGUGCCAUCGAACACCUUUUCGCAUGCCAGUGGCAGCGAUUUUGGGAUGUCGAUGAUGAUGGAUCAUGUUCCCGGACACCACCAUUCGCAUUCGACAAUGUCCCAUCAACAAAUCGAGAACAUCAAGAGUAUUUUCUCAUUCAAUUCGGAAUCCACAAUUCCUGGAGCCUCUUCGCCAUUUGAUAAUUCUGAUAUCGACACCCCAAUGCUGACUAUCACCCAUCAUCAUACCGCCAUCGCCAGCCCGAUCUUUAACAACAACAACAACAACAAUAAUAAUAAUAAUAAUAAAAAUAUUGGGUUUAGUAAUACUUCAGUAUUGACUAAACAACUUAAUGCUUUCAAUGCAGCCCUCGAAUCUGAACCAUCAUCGGUGACCUCAACCCCAACCCUUCCACCCCCAAAAUCAUCAUCAACCACCACCACCACUACCAAAUCAUCAACCACUAAACCAACCGCCCACCAACGCAAGAAAUCUAUCUCAAAAACCACUAGCAAGAAGAAGCUGAAAAAACCAUCAUCUUCUACCCUUACCGCCACCACCUCCGGAGGGGGGUCUAAAAAAGAUGGGUCUUCGAAAUCUUCGAAAUCUAAGCCUUCUGCUAAUUCCGCUUCAUCGUCAUCAUCAUCCGCCACCGCUGCCGCCGCCAAUUAUCAACCUAGUCAGUGUACUAAUUGUCAUACUAAAACCACCCCAUUAUGGCGACGUAAUGCCGAAGGUCUGCCAUUGUGUAAUGCUUGUGGGUUGUUUCUUAAACUUCAUGGGAUCGUUAGACCAUUAUCUUUGAAGACGGACGUGAUUAAGAAAAGACAACGGGGCACUGGAACUUCUCAAAGAUCUUCGAAUCGCAAGAACGCCACAGGUGCUGGUGAUGAAGAUUCCAAUAAAGGUAAAAAUUCCACCACCAAUGCCACCACAACCACCACCACCAACAACAACAACAACAACAACAACAACAACAACAAUAAUAAUAAUAAUAAUAAUAAUAAUGGCAAUGGUAAUUCUACUACUUCCACCUCCAAGACCAGUGGCACCCUGGCAAUCCCUAUUAAAAAUAAUGGUAAAUUGAGUAAGAUCAAAAAAGAUAAGCCAUUAUCGGUGCUGGCCUCCAAUUUGCUCGCGUUGAACUCACCAACCAGUUAUAGUUUCAACCAAGGAAACUCAUCGUCUCCUACCACCACCGUGAAACUGAGUUCUACUAAUGAAUUGACCAUGUUGCAAACUUUGGAUAUUUCUAGCACUCAACCGCAUGUCAUCAAAACCUCUCCGGGGUCCACCAUUGCCACCCCAAUCAGUGCCACGUUUGAUCUGGGUGAUAGGAAUGUCGAAGAUUUUACGAAAGAUGAUAGUCAAAAUAAUUGGGAAUGGUUGUUGAAGUUUAGAUAA